AUGUCGACCUCCGGUCAGCCUGCCCAGCGCAACCCGAGACGCAUCCCACCGCCCCGCCGGGGCCACACGCUAAUCAGCCCGACGGUAACCCGCACGUCCCAAGAAGUGGACCGGCCCCACGCGCACCGAGACGACGUGAGAGCCUCCGGACCGGGGGGGGAGCAACGGCUGCUGCACACUGCACCACCGUCCCCUUUUGAUUUCAGAGUCGGGAGGAAGAGCGGGAGAGGCGGGAAACCGCUUGGAUUGAGGACUCCGACCGAAAGAACCCCGGCAGAAACACCUGAUCAGCACCCGGAGACUCAGAGGAGGCUUUCUAGCAGCAGCUCAGCCACUUCAACAAGGAAAGUCUUUGACAAGGAUAAAAAGGAGGCCAAACCUGGAGACCUGAUCCAGAUCUUCCGUCCUGGUUAUCAGCACUGGGCUGUUUAUGUUGGUGGUGAAAACGUCGUUCACUUCCAAAGACUUGGGGCAGCACCAAACACCUUCAGCUUCCUCCGCUUCAGCAGCGGUGGUGGCGUUGACAGUGGUACGGGCAUAGUGAAGAAAGAGGAACUGAAGGAUGUGGUGGAGAAGAACGACUGGACAGUCAACAAUCUCCUGGAUCAUAAAUACCCACCUCGUCCAGCUAAUGAUAUCGUGAAGAAUGCCUGUUCACUGGUAAAUACAAACCUGCAGUACAACGUGUUGGAGUACAACUGUGAACACUUCGCCACUGAGAUGCGCUACGGCAAGGCUGAGAGUGAGCAGCCGUCGCUCCUCCAUGACGGUGUCACACUCAUAAAGAUCCAGAGAUUUAGAUCAGCAGACGUGGUUCCAGCACCACUCUGGCGAAGAAAGCAAAACAAGAUCCGACAGCAGCCUUUUUUAAUGCAGCUGGGGGAUAUAGUGCAGGCUCUAUGA